AUGGAGGCGGUUACCAGACUUGACUGGACGAACCUGAGCCUCAAAGAUAUCGAGACCGUCCGAGACAUGAAGAAAAACAUACGCCUUCAUACCACGAUACCCCUGGGCCUCGCAGCUGGCCACCGGCAUCCACUCGCCAUCUUGCCUGAUAAGUGCAUGGGGCCACAGCUGGAGGAAGUGCCCGGGGACAACGUGGCCAUACGGGAGCUGGCGUGUGAAGAGAGGAUGUGUAACAACGUUGAGAACCACAUGGGCAUGGGCGAUGCAGGCGAGAAUGCCUUCAUUGAAAGCUUUUGUGACUUUGAAGAACUUGACAGCAACGGCAUCGCGCUCGAUUAG